UGUUGUUCUCUGCUUUCUUCUCUCUACUCUGUGCUCGCUUUCUGCUCUCUACUCUGUGCUCUUUGUUCUCACACUGCUAGUCAUGAAGAUCAGAGGAGUUUGGGCCCACAACUUCCAUCAAGAAUUGUCUCAAUUCGAUCACUGCCUGCACCGCUUCCCCGUCAUCUCUUUCGAUACCGAAUUUCCAGGCUUUCUUCGAGACACUCCCCGAGACGCACUCGAAGAUCAACGUUAUGAAGAUGUAAAAUUCAAUGUUGAAUCCCUCAAAUUGCUCCAGUUGGGAUUCACUCUGUCCGACGCCCAUGGCAACAUUGGGGGAACUUGGGAAUUCCACUUGUCUGGGUUCAAUGAGAAAUCUGACCCUCAUGUUGUCGCUUCCAUUUCUCUACUCAAAAGGAACGGUCUUGAUUUUGCGAGACUUGGGCAAUUUGGGAUUUCUGUUGCGGAGUUUGUGUUCGGGUUUCUGCGUGUCCUUAGAAUCCACAGAGGGUUGCAUGAUUUGACAUGGGUUUGCUUUCAUGGCCUUUAUGACCUGGCCUAUUUGCUCAAGCUCUUGACCCAAAAGCCUCUGCCCGAUUCAGUGGUGAUGUUUGCUAAGGCUCUUGGUGUAGUUUUUGGCACCAUUUAUGAUGUCAAAUUCAUGGCUCGCUACUGCCGGGGAUUCUUUGGCGGUGAAAUUGGAUUGGCAAGGGUGGCCAAGCUUCUUGAUGUGGAGCGUUCCGGUGAAGCUCAUCAAGCGGGUUCGGACAGUUUGUUGACUGCCGCUGUGUUCUCCAAGAUGAACGCAACGUUUAGGUCUGUGGCUGGGAUGUCUCAGGGCUGUUUGUAUGGAAUUAGCCCAACAAUCGUGCGAUAUUGGCAGCCCGCUCCUGUGAUCCUCCGUCGCCCUUGCUUUCCUGUUGCAGCACCUCGUGUCUACGGUGCUCGUCUCAUUCAUAGUCCUAUUCUUCCCACUUAUGUACACAUGUAGUUAGUUUUGUAAAUUCUGAUUUUUUGGAGUUGGUGAACAGUCAAGUGACUAGCUGGCUGAUCCGUAUUCAUUUUGUAUGUACAACAUUUUUUAUACCAAAGAUUAUAAUACAAUUCUUUAAUUUCUG